GAAACACAGGUGUGUUUUGUCAACCAAGUUUUUAAUAUUUGCUUGGUUUUGUCUAGUGAUGGUAGGGACAAGGGACUAUUUUUCUCAUCUAUAAUAGCAGGUUAGCACUUUCUGACACUGUUGCUCUUUUCUCCAAACCUAAAUAGAAGAUAUAUGAUAUGUUCAUGGUGAUGGUGUUGUUUUCACUAUCAUCCACCCGUGGUGUCACUUCUUUCUUUUUGUUUAGUUCCUCUAAUCUUUCCAUGCUGAACAAGGGUGUUAAAGAAGUAAGUUUAAGAGCAUUUGACAAAAAGAACUUGGAUACGAAGUCCCCAGAAAGCCUUGUAAAAGGAAAAGAACUUUCUUGGGAGCUAUAUAACCACACAAUAUGUGAUUGUUGCAAAGUGGGAGAUAUUGACAGGGCUAUGACUCUUCUCGCUCGGAUGGAGGCUUCGGGGCUUCAUCCCAACUUGAUAUCCUACACCCAUUUGAUUGAAGCUCUUGGAAGCAUAGGAAGGACUUUGGAAGCUGAAGCAGUUUUCCAAGAAAUGAUAUGUUCUGGGUUUAAGCCUAGAGUGAACUUGUACAAUGUUUUGCUUAGAGUUUUCUUAAAGAAAGGGCUCCUAGGAGGUGCAGUUAAGGUAUUAGAUGUAAUGGACGAUUUGGGUAUUUGUAGGAAUCAAGAAACAUAUGAGGUUCUUCUGGAUUACUAUGUGAAUGCUGGGCGUUUGGAAGAUACUUGGGGAAUAAUCAACGAAAUGAGGCGCAAGAGGUUUCAACUGAACUCAUUUGUGUAUAGUAAGGUUAUUGGUCUUUACAGGGAUAAUGGGAUGUGGAAAAAAGCAAUGGGUGUUGUAGAAGAGAUUAGGGAGAUGGGGAUGUCACUAGACAAGCAGAUUUAUAACAGCAUUAUAGAUACGUUUGGGAAAUAUGGUGAUUUGGAUGAAGCCUUGGAAGUGUUUGAGAAAAUGCGACAAGAAGGUAUAAGGCCUGAUAUAACAACAUGGAAUUCUUUGAUCAGGUGGCAUUGUAAGGUUGGGAAUUUAUCUAAGGCCCUUGAGUUGUUCACCCAAAUGCUAGAACAAGGGUUAUAUCCUGAUCCAAAGAUCUUCAUUACCAUUAUUAUCCGUUUGGGAGAGCAGGGAAAGUGGGAUGUGAUAAAGAAGAAUUUUGAGACUAUGAAAUACAGAGGAUAUAAAAAAAGUGGCGCCAUUUAUGCAGUUUUGGUUGAUAUUUAUGGGCAAUAUGGGAGAUUUGCUAAUGCUGAGGAGUGCAUAUCUGCUCUAAAGUCAGAAGGCGUUCAACUUUCAGCUAGCAUUUUUUGUGUCUUAGCAAAUGCUUAUGCUCAGCAGGUCUGCUGUUCCACACCCCCAUCGUUUCCUGCUUCCUUUCUCUUUAUUAUCUCCUUGUAUAAUUGUUAUUUAUUUGUUGACUUUAGUGUUUGUGCUGCUGCACAAGUGGUGUUGACCUCCUAA